AUGGAGUCGUAUUCGAUUGAAGACCGCAUUAAAGUUAUUCAAGAGCACUACAAAAAUGGUGCAAAAAUAAAAGACACGUUUCGCGCGCUUCGUGAACAUUUCGGUCGCAACAACCGCCCAAACGAAACAACCAUCGGUCGUCUGGUGUGUAAAUUCGAGGCAGCAGGUUCUGUGGCAAAUCUGCCAGGCUCUGGCCGGCCAAGGAGCGUUCGCACAGCGGAGAAUAUUGCUGUUGUGAAGGAGAGUGUGAGAGACGAUCCGAAACAAUCAACAACGCGUCGAUCCCAAGAAUUGGGCAUUUCGAGAACCAGUUUGCUCCGCAUUCUCCACAAGGAUUUGAAUUAUCAAGAGCAGCCGAUGCAUCCUCAAAAAGUGACUCGAUAUCACGUGAUGAUAGAGGACUAUUUUUUGCCGCAACUUGAAGGAAUGGAUAUGGACGAUGUGUAUUUCCAACAAGACGGUGCAUCAUGCCUCACAACCAACGUCAAUAUCCAUCGAUUGCAGUCCUUCUUCGGUGAUCGCGUGAUUUCGCGCAGAGGAAAUGUGCCAUGGCCACCAAGAUCGUGCGAUUUGACUCACUUGGACUUCUUUUUAUGGGGAUAUUUGAAAAGCAAAGUCUACGUCAACAAACCAGCCACCAUCCAAGAACUCAAAAACAACAUCACUGCCGAGAUAAAUGCCAUAGAACCGACCAUGUUGCAAAAUGUCAUUGAAAAUUUCGACCAUCGCGUGGACGUCUGUAAAUCCAGUCGUGGUGAACAUUUGAUCGAUAUUAUUUUUCACACAUAA